GACAUCGCUCAUUUCAGCACUAAGUUUUGCGGACAGCACCUCUCUCUCUCUCCUACCAAGCAGGGCAACUUUUUACAGCCAUUUAUUCAUUUUAACUCAUUUGUUUUCUAACUACUAAACCGAAAUAUGGAUCACACUUUCUCUGAGAAUACCUCAGCCCAUGAGAACUUCACAGAUGACUGGACAUCAGAUGGAGGGGAAACGGUACAUUUUAUCAUUCGAUGCGUUAUCCCGUCGGUCUAUAUACUUAUCAUAACGGUUGGUUUACUGGGCAACAUCACUCUUGUGAAAAUAUUCAUCACUACCAGCGCGAUGCGAAGUGUACCAAACAUUUUCAUCUCCAGCCUGGCUGUGGGAGAUGUUUUGCUUUUGGUCACUUGUGUACCAGUGGACGCGUUUAGGUAUUUCUAUGAAGAGUGGAUUUUUGGAACUGUGGCUUGUAAGAUGAUCCCGGUGAUCCAGCUCACCUCGGUUGGAGUCUCCGUGUUCACUCUCACGGCACUCAGCGCAGACAGACACAAAGCUAUUGUGAAUCCCAUGGACAUCCAGACCUCCAGCGCAGUGUUCUGGACCUGUUUGAAGGCCAUCACUAUAUGGGUUGUCUCUGUACUGCUGGCUAUCCCUGAGGCGGUGUUUUCACAGGUGGUUCAUAUGCCAGACAAGAACACGACGUUCACCGCUUGUGUGCCGUAUCCACUCUCCAACGAGAUGCAUCCCAAGAUUCACUCGAUUAUGAUAUUCCUCGUCUACUUCCUCAUCCCUCUGAGCAUUAUCUCUGUUUACUACUACCACAUCGCGAAGACGCUUAUCAAGAGUGCUCAUGAUAUGCCAGGUGAGAUUAGUGAGCACUCCAAAAGACAGACGGAGACGAGGAAGCGUCUAGCCAAGAUCGUUCUGGUGUUCGUGGGCCUCUUCGCGCUGUGCUGGUUUCCCAACCACGUUCUCUACAUGUACCGCUCCUUCAACUAUCGGCAGAUCGACUCUUCGCUGUCACACCUCAUCAUCACGCUUGUGGCACGAGUGUUGAGUUUCUCCAGCUCCUGCAUGAACCCAUUUGCCCUGUACUUGCUGAGCGAGAGCUUCCGAAGGCAUUUCAACAACCAGCUGCUGUGCAGGCAGCGCAAAUACCAAGAGCGCAACACCAGCUACCUCCAGAGCACUUCUGCUAUCCGCAUGACCUCCAUCAGGAAGAGCACACCUGCCGUGGCCAACGGGCAUGGCCAAAAACCAGGAGUCUGCAUUUAGCAUCUGUUCUCUGAACAGAUCAAAACCUGAUCUUAAGGGUUGGUGACUCACAUUUAGGUUCGACUGAAGUGUUUGGUGACCCAGCUGGGUAAAUGGGCAGUUAUUGAAGCAGAGAAUACAGAAUUACUGUUGUAAAUAUUGCAUGUAUGUUUUUUUUCCAACGGUUGCAGCGUCGCUUGAGCCCCAGAAUGAAAUUUGCUUUGAAACAUUAUUCUUAUUGCAAACAGAAAGGAAUGGAUAUCCCACUGAUAACUGAAGACUAAUUCUAUUUCUCCUCAAGCAAAAUACAAUUUCUGGCUGUAUAAAAUAUCAGAUCUGUACAAAAGAUUGGACUAAAGUUAUUAUUCCAUUAUUGUAUAAUGGCAAGUUUGCUUUUCAGCUCAAUCAAUUUUCCUUUUUCAUCCAGACGAAUGAUGAAAAUUCGACUGUAAUCGAUGGAAAGUGCACUUAAUACAGUAAAUGAAUGUUUGGUAAAGCAGUUUUGAUUUCACCAGGAGGACAACCGUAUUACAAAGAUAUCACUGAAAUCAUUUACAUUGCCUAUGAUCACAUUCUAUUUCUCAUACAUAGACAAUAUAUUCACAAUAUAUUCAAUUUAGGAGUAACGGGAGCAUAGACAUGGCUCUUUCCAGUGAAUGUUAAUGUCUACUAUGAUAGAUCAGACAGGUCACACACUCAAGGGUAAACUGUGGUGAUUAGAUUAAUAUAUGCAUAACCAGAUUAGGAUUCAACAUGAAUAUAAAUUUCUCAGACACGUUCCCCUGUACCUUCCGAUAUAUGAGUCAUAGGAACGCCAAGAUCAUUAUGGCAGACUAAUGUCAAUAACGCAUGCUGUGUAUCAUUCUUAGAUUCACCAGCAAAUGUUAUCCUCUUAAUCACUGCAUUGCAGUAUAUCAUCUUUAAAUCAUUUUUGUUUGGAGUGAUUUGUGUCCACAUCUAAUGGAGUAGAACAAUCAUACAGGUGGAAAUAUUACCUAUAAUCUGUAGUGACUGUCAUCAGGAAUCCGGACUGAAAAAGGCAGUCACGUUUAAGCCUUUGAUGAGGUCCCAAACCUGCAAAAAUGUGUUCAGUGAGCUUUUUGUGAUCUUGUGCCACUUACACACACACAUUUUACUGCUCACAAUUUCAUUCAAACCUUCAAAUUAUAUAUCAUUGUUCAUCAUAAUAGGCCUACAUUUUGGUCUCUCUUACUGAACAAGUCAAAUGACAUUUUAAAGAAUUUUAAUUAACUUUUCUUCAAAACGAUGAAAUCCAUUUUAAUGGAAAAUGUAAUUAGUGAUAACUAAUUACAAUAAUUUGUCCUCUCUUCAGUCCUCUCAACACAGAAUCUUUGACCUAAAGCAAUGCGUUUUAAUUAUGCUGAAAAUUAACGUGACUUGCCCGAGACUUGACUUAUGUCAAAUAAAAGUAAAGACAUAAAAAAAGAUGAAAAAGUUUGAUUUGCUCAGUUUGAGCAUUAAAGUUAGGCUACUUUAAUGAGAAAAUGUCCACUGAAUCCACAGGUCUGUUUUAAAUUUAUUAUUAACAUACAGAGAACAAUUAAAUGUGGAAACUUUUCAUUUAAGUGUUUGUGGAUAGAGUACAAUUUCAACUUUUUUCACCCUGCAUAGUAUAAAUAUAAUAAAACAGCAGCACAAAACACAGUAAAUAGCAUAAUUACAGCAUCAUGAAGUGGAGUGAAAGGACCUCCUCAGGAAUUGAUUGCGACUGUUCCAAAGCAGCAGGAUCUAAAUGUAAUUCGGAAAGAUUGAUUAAACAGGCACACUACCCAUUUCCCAUCUACUUUAUUGGGAUUUCACUCUGAGAGUAAAUUAAACACAUGGAUUAAAUUAAACAGUGCUCUUAUAUUGGAUCAAGAAAAGUUCAACCAAAUUGGUUAAUUAUAUCUUUAAGGACACAUGUAAAAAAAAAAAACAGUAAAAGGAUGAGGAUAAUCCAUGAAUUAAGCAUUUCUAUAUCACUACUGAGCUACAGUAGUCUGCUUCUUACUGUACAUUCAUUACUUUGCCGUUUUCUGCUUACAUAGAUUAAUGUGAUUGUUAUUCAUUUGGAAUUCAACAUUAAAAAACAAUUAGUAUUAAACUUAUAGUACUAACAGUACUAUUCGCAGUAAUUAAUUUGUAUCACAAUCAUUAACUCAAAACAGAAAAACAAUGUAUGUUAUUGUAAUACUUACAAUACCUCAGUUAUCAUAUGAAUUACUCAACAUGGAACCACAAGGCAUCCUCUGCUCCUGAACUGAAACACAAGUGUUUCAUGUUAUAUAGAUUAACGCACAGAUAUGUCUUGUACAAGUCUAGCUGAUCUAACGCAGUAAUGAAAAUUUAGACAUGCAAGGCACCCUAACAAGGUCAUCGAUUCAUAAUCAAGAACAUCAGUAGCCAAAACUCGACUCAAUCAAGCUGGGAUAUAAUGAUUGAUCACACAUUGAAUUAACAAAAAUGUCUUUACUUUAGUACUUUAAAACUGUAAAUUUGAUUAAGCAGUUAAUUUUUGAAUCAAGAGUUUAUAUUUUAAUCAGAGAUGUCCAGUAUGAUGAUUACAAUGUGCAUGUACAUUUCCACAUUAAAAAAAGAUUCCACAAUAUUUUACAAACAUUUUCAUCAUGGGAACAUACUUGAAUUUAAAAAUAUGAAUGAAUUUACCAUGUAACAGUUUUAUGUGUUGAAAUAUAACUAGUCAGUUUUAAGUAAAUUGUAUGUUUUCAUUGCAAUGAUGUAUUUUAGUGUUUACUUGAGAUUAUUUCAACAUAUUUGUGAGAUUUUUUACUGUAUUAUUUGUGACAAAUUGUUCAAUAAUGUCAGUCAAGAUGUGUUUAAAUACUGCUAAGUUAUUAAAGAAUUAAUUAAACUGA